AUGAUCCUCAUUCUCUCCCUGGGCCUCUUGAUCCUGCUGCACGGUGCCUCGAGUACAUCUCCCCCAGGUCAGAUCCUCCAGACUCAUCCUCUCCUCCUGGAGCCCAGCUGCAAUGACUCUCGAGUGUUGUCUAUGGCGGGCUUUGCUUUGGAAAAGAUCAAUGAGGACCGGAAGGAAGGCUACAUCUUCAGACUCAAUCGAGUGGCUGAUGUCCGAGAACAUCAUCAGGCAGGUUCAGGCUCCGUGUACUACCUCACUCUUGAUGUAGUAGAUACGAAUUGUCACGUGCUCAGCAAGAAGAACUGGAAGGAUUGUGAGAUUGGGAAGUUCUUCAAAUCAAUUUAUGGCCAGUGCAAAGCCAUAUUUUAUAGUAACUUGCCAAGAAGAAUUCUCUACUUACCUGCCUAUAAUUGCACCAUUCGUCCAGUUUCCAGAAGAGAACUUGCCACAUUGUGCCCCGAUUGCCCUGUGUACAUCACCAACUUCUCAGAUCCAAGGAUUUUUCAAACUGUUAGUGAAUUUCUGGAAAAAAUCAACAAGGAGACUACAGUGGGGAAGAAAUUUCAUCUCUUCAAAGUCACCAAAGUUCUUACUUAUUGGGUCAUGGGCCCUUCCUACUCCGUGGAAUUCUUAGUCACCGAGUCGCCCUGCAACGAGUCACUGCCUGACCAAUGUCUUCAGCCACCUGCUGAUGCCCAGCCCGUAGGGAUUUGCGCAGGUUCUGUAAAUCGCAAGGCCCUCCCAAAAUAUGUCUUUGGGACGUGUGAAUUCUUCCAAAGCCAGCCAACUUCAGCCCCUGAGAGCUAUUCUCCAGAGCACCAGGUUCCCCAGAAAAUGGCCUCCUCCACGGAUGCACCCCCACUGGAGGGACCAAAGGGAUCUGUCCAGUUUUUGCCUGACCCGUCUGUAGGGAAGAUUGAAGAUGACAAGGAAAAGAAACCUAACGUGACCUUCCCUGCACAUGUCAGCUUGACAACAGAGCCCCUGGGAGAGGUCCUACACCUACCAUCCCAUUUCCUGCUGGAAAAAGAGGAGCUGCCCAUUGUGCUUCCUUUCCCAGAAGGAUCAAGAUCAAAUGAGUGUCCAGGACCUGCUGAGCACCCUAAUUCUCUGAUUCUUCCACCAUGAAUGUCAAUUUCCCUCUGUCUCUGUCUCUGUCUCUGUCUCUCUCUCUCUCUCUCUCUCUUUUUCUCUCUCCCUCUCUCUCUCUCACACACACACACACACACACACCUCGUGUCAUGCUUGGGAUAGUGAAAUGGAGGGAAAAGAGAGAGUAUCUGGUAUCCCACAAUUCCAUGCUGAGUAUAAUAAAGUUUUUCCUUUUUUGUUCUCCCUUUAA